UAGCUUUUGAUUCUUGGAUGUCCCAUAUUCAACUAACAUUGAUAUCUGGAGACCCUGGAGUUUGGAUUCCAUAAUUCCUGUUGGAUUUCUGUGUCUGCUUCUGAGUGUGCUCAGGAUGUCUCAGCACAGCUGGUACUCUGACAAUGUCAUCCAUCUCUUGACAGUAUCCUGUGGUUAAGCACUCGCUCGUAUCUUUUUCACCCACAUUUUCUGCAAGGCUAAAUCCAAUUCCUAAUCACCUGGCUCCUUCAGAAAGCUUGUCCAGAAGAAGCACUCCUUUUGUUCUGUAUCUCAGUUGUAGCAGCAUUUACAGAGGUUUAGAGAGUCCAUAAAAAAAUUCCAUCUCUCUCCUGUGAAACUGGAGCAAAAAUCUUCCCUGAAUUUCCUUAUUGUCCUGCUUAUUGCAGAAAAAGGAGCAGUGGUGACGGCUUACCUCAGUGAUUUCCUCCUGCCACAGGACUCUUGAACAGAGGGUUACGCCCUCCCAGAGCCAGGCAAAGCCAGUCCUCUGUGUGCAGGAGCAGUCCUCUCCUGCUGCCUGCAAAUGUAUAGGGGGUAGAUUGUAUGUAUGCAAUUGUAGGGACCCAUCUCUCAGCUGCUUCUCCACUGGUGGGGACUGGGAAUUAGAGGAUCUUGUUGCCCUUCUGACUUUCCACCCUGGAAGAGAGAACAAGCAAGCCCUGCUCCUGGACAGGUGGCCCUGCAGUGCCUCAGUGGAAACUUCAUGGUGAGUUAAGUGUUGAAGGAGUAUCACCAGAUUGAUACAAGCAUGCCAGGAAGCCUCAAGCCAGACAUGGGUCCCAUUGUCCCCCCUGUAUGUCCAGCAUUUGUCUGUGGCUGAGCUACUCAUCAGCACACUUGACUGGUGUCCAGCCCCAUGCAGGCUGGGGGAACAGCAGCAAUGUUUGGGGGGACCUGCUCCAUCUUGAAGAUGAAUACCUGAAGCCCUGCAAGACAGAUUAAAGCACAGGCACCAGGAGUGCAUGCAAAGAAUCUGUUCCCAGGACCAUGAAUGGAUGCCAAGCCACUCUGUUUUCAAUUACAUGAGUAUUAUACCUCCUGCUUCAAAGACUGCAAUGACAGAUUUGACUUUUGGCUUUUCCUUGCUAUCCUUUUCUGGGGGUACUUAGGGUAAGAGUAUCCUGGGUUCAGCCUGCCUGGUACUGCUGUGGCCAAGCUAACAUGCUGGCAUGUCCUGGUUUCCAGGGAGUGAACAACCCCCAGUGCCUACCAGACAAAAAGUAUUAAAAGUAGAAAUACAGGGAGGUAAAUGCAGUUCUGCCUGAGAACUAUUUCUGCACUUAAUAGUGGAGGAAGUGAUUAUGAAAGAAUGUCUUGCGCAAAAUGUUUGCAUCAGCCUUUCCAGCAAUGUGAGUUGACUGACAAAAAGAAGGGACUGACACUAAAUUUAAUCUCUCAAAGAAGAGUUCAACCACAACCUGUUCUCAUUUUUGUGUCCCCAGUCAGCAGCAACGUUAGAAUUGGUUGAAAUAUGAUUUUGAAGGGUGACCCAUACAAUACUGGACGAUCCUGGACUCUUCAGAAGCCAUGGUUUCCUCAGGGGAGCCACCACUAGGGAGAAAAGAUGCAAACUGGUGUGAUUCACUGGCUGCAUAUUUAAAGGACACUGGGAAACUUGGAACAUGAAGUUUUGUUUGAAGAGAACAAUAUUUUCAGGCUGAAAUAUUUUCUCACUUCGGGACUCUCACCUCAUCAGACCUGCCAAAAUUUUCAGUUUUUGUUGUGCUUGCAGGUAUGAGGUGACUAUUCAGAUGCCAUGACCAGCACACGAAGAGACUGAAACACAGCAUUGUGUAUACACAAGCAAAAUGCCCUUCCAAGCAAAACAGAAAUCAAGAACUAUGCACACCUGGCAAGCAUUGGCCAUCUACUUGGUCUUAGCUGCAAACCUCUCUGAACAGCAAGCACUGAAGCAGGCUUGUCCUUCAUGCGAUGCCAGUCAGCUUUGCCACUGCUCCUCCAUGAGCUUGGCCUUCAUUCCCCCUGGGCUCACGGCCAAAAUCACAGUGUUAAACCUGGCCCACAACAGGAUAAAGCGCAUCCAAUCCCAGGACCUGCAGCAGGCUGUGAACCUGAGAGCCCUGCAGCUGCAGUCCAACGAAAUCAGCUCCAUAGAUGAGGACUCCUUCCAGUCCCUGGCAAAACUGGAGCUCUUGGAUUUAUCAAAUAACAGCUUGGCUCACUUGUCCCCUGUGUGGUUUGGGCACCUUUUUUCACUCCAGCACCUCUACCUUCAAGGCAAUUCCUACAGAGACCUGGGGCAGAGCUCCCCCUUUUCUAGCCUGAGGAACCUGAGCUCUCUCCACCUGGGCAGCCCGCAGCUCUCCGUGAUAAGGCAAGGGAACUUUGAGGGCAUUGAGUUUCUGCACAGGUUGUGGAUUGAUGGCAGCAAUCUCAGUCAGUACGAGGAGGGAAGUUUGAAAUCAAUUAAGGAGAUAAAUCACAUGAUCAUAAACCUAAAAGAUAGUAAUAUAUUCUCAGAAAUUGUUAGGGAUCUUCUGCACUCUGUCACUUGGCUGGAAGUGACAGAAAUCAAAUUACCACUUGAAAAAAAAAGCUUGGUGCAGAAUUCUACACGUCCUUUUAGGUUACAAAAACUUACGCUUAAAGAAGCUUUCUUCACAGAUCAAACGAUUAGCCAAGCAAUAGUGUUACUGAAGGAAAUCACCUCUUUAAGACAGUUAGAGGCAAUCAAUUGUAUGCUUGAGGGGAAAGGAAUAUGGAACACUGAUGAAAUUGCAAAGAGUGGGGAAAGUUUUGUUGAAACAAUAACAAUAAUAAAGAUAAUGAUUCAGAACUUUCAUUUAUUUUUUGACCUGGAAGGCAUGGAGUCACAAAUAAACAAUCUAAAAAGACUCGCUAUUACAAGCUCUAAUGUCUUCAUGGUGCCAUGCAAACUUGCAAGACAUUUUUCAUCACUUCUGUAUCUGGACUUUCAUGAUAAUUUGCUUGUAAGUAAGCGUUUAAAUGAGACAAUCUGUAGAGGUUCCUGGCCUUCAUUGCAAACUUUAAAUCUAAGUCAGAACUCUCUAAAAUCUCUGGAAGAGACUGCAAAGUAUACCUCUCGUCUACCCAAUCUGAAUAAUCUUGAUAUUAGCCAAAAUAGUUUUGGUGAGAUUCCAGAUGUGUGUAAAUGGCCAGAAAACCUGAAAUAUUUAAAUCUGUCCAGCACUCAAAUUCCUAAAGUAACAAGCUGCAUUCCUGAAACGCUGGAAAUUCUGGAUGUUAGUGGAAACAACCUGAAGGAGUUUGGACUGCAGCUCCCACUUCUGAAAGAGCUGUACCUCACAAGAAACCAGCUGAAGGCCCUGCCGGGUGCUGCACCCAUUCCAAACGUAGUGGCCUUGUCCGUCAGAAGAAACAAGCUGAACAGUUUCUCCAAGGAGGAGUUUGAGUCGUUCAGGAGAAUGGAGCUGCUGGAUGCCAGUGACAACAACUUCAUCUGCUCCUGCGAGUUCCUCUCCUUCGUCCAGCACGAAGCCGGGAUAGGCCAGGUGCUGGUGGGGUGGCCGGACAAGUACGUGUGUGACUCUCCGCUGGCGGUGAGAGGGGCGCAGGUUGGCGCUGUGCACCUGUCCCUGCUGGAGUGCCACAGGUCCCUGGUGGUGUCGUUGAUCUGCGUGCUGGUGUUCCUGGUCAUCCUGCUGCUGGUGGCCGUCGGCUACAAGUACCACGUGGUCUGGUACCUGCGGAUGACGUGGGCGUGGCUGCAAGCCAAGCGGAAGCCCAAGCGCGCCCCGCCGAAGGACGUCUGCUACGACGCUUUUGUCUCCUACAGCGAGAACGACUCCGACUGGGUGGAGAACACCAUGGUGCGGGAGCUGGAGCAGGCCUGCCCUCCCUUCCGGCUCUGCCUGCACAAGCGGGACUUUGUGCCUGGGAAGUGGAUUGUGGACAACAUCAUCGACUCCAUUGAGAAGAGCCACAAAACGCUUUUUGUGCUGUCCGAGCACUUUGUGCAGAGCGAGUGGUGCAAAUACGAGCUGGACUUCUCACAUUUCCGCCUAUUUGAUGAGAACAACGACGCGGCGAUUCUUGUCCUCCUGGAGCCCAUCCAGAGCAAAGCGAUUCCCAAGAGAUUCUGCAAGCUGCGGAAGAUCAUGAACACAAAGACUUACCUGGAGUGGCCUGCUGGGGAAGAGCAGCAGCAGAUCUUUUGGGAAAACUUGAAAGGAGCCUUGAAGUCAUAGAAGUUAACAGCCCCUAUUUCUACAUUUUUCCACAAAAGGCCGUAUUACACUGUUUCUUGCUGCGUGGAAUACUUUCUUUCUUAUUUUUCUUUGUAACUGCAACUAGCUUUGUUGUGGAUACGGAUAAUUGUAAUUUUACCAACUGGAAAAGACCCGUUUUAGGCUUUCCAGUGUUUUGAUACUCUGGUCUUUAAAAGCCCCUGACAAUAACUAUGAUAUUUGGAACCCUGUUGGACUUUAAAUACAUUUUACCGAGGGUGAGGUAUUUCUGUACUUUUUACUCCUGUUACUAUUAUCCCAACUAGUUUCUAAUAAUGCCGUUGUAAUGUGCAAAUAAAAUUAAAAGCCACGGGCUUCAA